AUGGCUGCUCUCGCCAACGCUGCCGUGCUCCCCUCCACCUUCGUCGGCCAGAGCUCUGAGCUCGCCGCCAAGGUCAACAAUGUCGAGGCCCGCGUCACCAUGAGGAAGACCGCCAAGGCGGCUUCCAGCAGCGCCUUCUACGGCCCCGACCGCAACCUGUUCCUGGGCCCCUUCAGCUCCCCCCCGUCUUACCUGACCGGCGAGUACCCCGGUGACUACGGCUGGGACACCGCCGGUCUGUCCGCUGACCCCGAGACUUUCGCCAAGAACCGCGAGCUGGAGGUGAUCCACGCUCGCUGGGCUCUUCUCGGUGCUCUCGGCUGCCUCACCCCCGAGCUCCUCGCCGGCAACGGCGUGAACUUCGGUGAGGCCGUGUGGUUCAAGGCCGGCGCUCAGAUCUUCUCGGAGGGUGGCCUUGACUACCUCGGCAACCCGAGCCUGAUCCACGCCCAGUCCAUCCUGGCCAUCUGGGCCACCCAGGUCAUCCUGAUGGGUGCCGUUGAGAGCUACCGCGUGGGUGGCCUCGAGGGCUUCCAAGAGGUUGAGGACCCCCUGUACCCCGGCGGUGCCUUCGACCCUCUUGGUCUGGCCGACGACCCCGAUGCUCUCGCUGAGCUGAAGGUGAAGGAGCUGAAGAACGGCCGCCUCGCCAUGGUGUCGAUGUUCGGCUUCUUCGUCCAGGCUAUCGUCACCGGCAAGGGCCCCCUUGAGAACCUGUCCGACCACCUGGCUGACCCCACCGUGAACAACGCAUGGGCCUAUGCCACCAACUUCACCCCCGGUAUGAAGCAGGAUGUUGACAUUGUCUACAUUCUCGCUGUUAGUUGUGUCUUGAGGCGUGUGCACGGAAUGGUGCUCAGAUCGCUUUGGUAA